GGCAUAAAAAGAAUGGUGACGUUUCUAACUACAUCAAUGACUUUGCUGCACAUUUGAGGAAUACGAUGAGGGGACUUAACACAGGAAUGAACCAAGCUCUUCUUGUCAGCAACCCACUUGCUACUAUCCAAGCUCUAGCAGCCAGUGGUGGCCAGCUGCCCAUUUCCAGUCUUGAGGGCAGCAGCAAGGUGUUAAUUGGUGGUUCUGGAGGCCAAGGAGCAGGUCUCCCCUCUUCCCUCUUUCUCAACCACUCCUCUUUGUUGCCCAUGGCAACAGGCACCGGCAUGGGAUUGGGCAGUUCAGCUCUUGCCAGAACCUCAUUUCCUGUCACAGGCGGCAUGAGUCCCUCCCCUUGCUCGAGCCCCAUCUCUUCCUGCUCUUCCGGUGAUUUGCUACACAGCCCACACUCGAUUGGAGGGGCUAAAAUCGAGUGACGUUGCCCAAGGCCAAUCACAGGAGGAGGAGAAGGAGGAGAUGAAACCUUACCUGUCAACCAAAGCAUCUCUUGAUCCCCUCGCUCCCUUUCAUUUCCUCUUGUUCACACUCUCUCUCUUCCGCUCUCUCGCUCUACUGAUGCCAAAAAAAUACUGAGUAAAAGAGGGGAGAGAUGGAGAGAUGGAGUGGAAGCAGGAAGGAAGAGGAGAGGACGGAAAACGAAACCAAAAAAACACCAUGCGGCUUAGCUGGACACAGCCAAAUACAUAAAUAAAAGGAGAAUAAUAAACUAUGUAGUGCAGUAAGAAGAGGACAAAAAGAGAUCCUUGAGCACCAAAAACAACAAAGAGAACAAACUUUACUGUGUGUUAAAGAACGCUUUGAAGCAUACAUGUGGAGUACUGAAUACCAAAAAGUAUAAUGGAACUUUGAGAGUCUCACUAUGACAAAAAAAUACAAGCAUACCAAAAUCUCAAAUACCAAAAACAAACACCAAAAAUACGGAUGGAAAAGCUUUAUCCAAAGGACCUGUAAAUAGCCAACCGUCCAGGACCGGACCCAGUGACAACAAUCCAGCCAUCUCUGAGCUCAUCAUCUUACCUGCCAUGCAAUCACAUCAUGUUUUUUAUGAUUUCAUUUUAAAUAUGAAUGAGCCAGA